GCCUUUAAGCAAUACACUGAAAUCAAACCAGCAAAAAGCUCAAAUGUUGUUCGACAGAAGUUUUUGUAGCUUUAGGUCUGGUAAAACUAAGGGCUGGUCCAAGCAAGAGUACUAUCAAGUACUUAAAUUACACACAGAAAUAACGAAAAUCCGUUGCGUUAGCGUUUUGCGAGCUGCUAUUUUGAAGCUUUACUUUUUUAGAUUGGCUGUAAAUUGAUUUUCGUAAAUACUUAAUUUUUUGGGAAGUAAACUGCAUCAUAAGUCUGAAACCAGACAAAUUUUUUACAAAACAAAAAAUACUUUUACCUCUCUGUAAUAGACAGUCUCGAAAAUUACUUUAGCGACCAUAUUCGCAGUAAUUUGUGCCGCAUUGUUUUGUCUUCAUCUUAAGCUAUAUUAAAAAUGGGUGCUACCCAGUCAUAAAAGUCACGCCACCCAUCUCUUUUUUGCAACCUGACAUAAGCUUCCGAUUUCAUGACUAACAUUUCAUAGAAUUUCUAGGUCACUUCUGUUCUUCGUUUGAACGCCCGCUUUUAAUAGAAGUAGAUGCUGUUCCAAUGUUGGCAUCAUGGUAAAUGCUGCUGAUUUUAAUUGCAAGUGAGAAUAGGCUGUUUAAAUUUCGUCUGCUGUUGAUUCAGAGAUUUGCGCCAUGGAUUUUCAUGACAUGUACAAUAAAUUUAAGCGACUCGUGUGGUUUGAUGCUUGCAUUGCGUGAAAGUAAUGUAUUCCAGACGCGGCGUUUCCAAAUUGCGCAGUACUAUACUAGACAUUUAAUCUUGCGCAAAAAUAUUAUACAAACGAAUUAAAUUUGUUAUUUAGUGUUCACGUAACUUGCAUAAGUCAGUUGAUUAAAUUAAAUGAACUAUUUGGUCAGCAAAGUUUCACACCAGCAAGAUGGAAUACCAGAUCAGGGCCUCUCAUGCAAAUUAUUAACGCUAUUACCUGCGACAUGUAUGUAAUUUAAAAGUUGGAAUGGACGACUUAAUUUACAGCCUUAAUGUCAUGUGAAUUGAACAUUUUAUGGUGAUGGGUAAUGUAAAUUUUGCGCAAGACGUCCGUUAGGAGGAAAAGCGCAGUCUCUUCUCCAGCAGUAUUGUGUCCUCAGCUAAAUCCUUAAUAACUGGAUGUAGAACUGUCAUCCCCACGAUGGAGGACACGGUUCUGGCCGACCUGCCGGACGAGGUCCUGCUCGAGGUGUUCUCGCGGCUGCCGCUCGCCGACGCGGUAACGUGCGCACUGCACGUGUGCGCGCACUGGCGCCGGCUGUUCAGAUUCCGCGCCCCCUGGCGGGGCCGCACCUACGAGGCGCCGGACGAGGCUCAGGCGGAAGAGGCGUACCUGGUGGCCCGCAUGCUGUCGACCGGGCGCGACCUCACCCUUGAGGCGGGCAACCGCUUCUGCCUGCGGGCCACAGAGGACUCGGUGACGGUGCGUUGGGACAUCUUCCAGCAGGAGAAGUUCGAGCUUCUCACCGCCGGGAGCCGCGUCCGGAGCCUCAGCAUCCCGGGCGACUUCCUCGUCUGGUCCAACGUCACCAGCCUGGCCAGGUGUACGCCACAGCUGAGGUCACUGACUGUUGACAACGGCGUGACGGACUGGCCGUCCGCGGAACUGUCGGACGCCUUGGCGCGGCUCCUGGGUUCCGGACUGCUGGCGGAGCUGCGUUCACUGACAGUGGAAGGCGCGAGCAGUCGGGGCGUCGAGAUGGACGGUCCGCUGCUGGCGGCGUGCCGCGGCUGCCCGCAUCUGGAGCGCCUGCACCUGCAGUGGACGGAGAGGCUGGGCGCGCGCGGCCUCGCGGGGCUGGCCGACCUGGGCGACCUCCGCCGCCUCCGCGUCAGCUCCGUCGCGACACUGCCCGCUGUCGACUUCCUCCCGGCCGGCCUCGAGGAGCUCGAGCUGUCCCGCUGUCACGGCGUGCGAUUGGACGGCCUCGCCGCGGGACCCGCCCUGCGCAGGCUGGUGCUGGACGGCUGCGCCCUGGAGGGGGAGCGCCUGGUCGGGGCGGUGGGGCGGCUCGCCUCGCUGGAGGAAGCGAACCUCGCGGGCAAUCGGCGCCUGCGCGACCUCUCCUUCCUCCGUCCCUGGGUGCGCCUCCGCACUCUCGAUCUCGCGGACUGUGACAGCUUCGACGGGGACACCUUCGGCACUCUCGGGUUCCUUGGGCAGCUCCGGUCUCUGAAUCUUUGCAGGUGCGACCUGCGCAACGUCUCGCUGGACGCCGUGCUGGGGUCACUGCCGCAGUUGGAGGAGCUCGUCCUGUCAGGGACGUCGGUCGUGGGGGGCCAGUCGUGUGCCGCCAGCCUGCCGCCCGGGCUGGCCGAGCUGCACCUGUCAUGGUGCGCAUGGGUGGACGCGGCGGUGGUGCGGGAGCUGCGGCACCUGGGACGGCUGCGUGCCCUGCGCCUCUCGCGUUGCGGCGGCGUAGUUGGCUGGCAGCAGCUGGCCGCGGACCUGCUGCCCCACCUUCCCGCUCUCGAGCGGCUCGAUGUGUCGGGCGUAGGCGGGACCGCAGGGGACGGGGUGCGCGACCUGUCAUUCCUGCGGCACUGCCCGCAGCUGCGCGCCCUGGACGUGGGCGAGAAUGCCGGCCUGCCGCCCGCCGCCUACUCCGACCUGCGGCACGCGUCCGGCCUCCGGCACCUCGACCUGCACGGCUCCGACUUGGAGGGUGUGCCGCUGCAGGAGACGGUGGGACGGCUGUCUGAACUCGAGACACUCACCGUUUACGGGUGCCGGGGUGUCAGACAGGAGGAACUGCAACGGCUCACCGCAUUCCUGCCGAAACUGUCAAUAAAGGGCAAGGUGCGGCUGUGAUGUGUGCCUUUGCGUCGGGUGUUGUGUGCACUCGUGUGGCCGAAGAAAUUUUGCUCCUUUACAUCCUGUAUACAUUUAUGUCAAAAUGUCACGUUAUGUAAUUGAUGUAAUGCAAAGUUAUUGGGAACAAUACUGAAAUACUAUCUAUUCUUAUCAUAAGGUGAAUUUCUAAGCUAUCUUCAGACUAUACCCAGGUAGCAAACAUUUAAUGAUAUUACACAACAAAUAAAAACAAACAAAGUAAA